GACGCCAAAAACAUCCCGAAUCGUCUGUCAGCACCCUCGCUCUCUCGAGAAUAUGCCAAGGCUCCUCGGUACAGGACAGGACCUGCAUCGUUUAUGAAUCUCUUGUGUACUGCCUCGCCUCUAUUGCGCCGCACGCGUGCAGCGACAAUCCCUCCAUUGCCACUACUGCAAUGGAGAAUAAAGCGAGAGAGGGUGUGCACGACAUGCUCUAAGGUGAUUGUGGCUUUCCAACUUUCGGCUGCAAUGAAGGCUUCGUCGGUCUUUUGCUUGCUCUCGCCGACGAAUGGUGAUUCUCCUCCCUCGAGACUUUCAUCACCUCAUCCGAUUGCUAUGACUCGUGCACAGGCAAAACUCUCUUUCAUCACUCUCUGUACGAUGCCUGUGUCUAGAUGCACGCGUGCCUCCGCGCGCACGGAGGGAGGGGGAUCGUCGUGGGCGUCGUCGUCGUCGUCUGACUGCACACGGCUGAACCUGGUGAUGAUCAUGAUAUCAGGCGUGAAGACAAAUCGGGGUCGGCAACACAGCCUCGCUCUUUGCGCGACGCUGGAAAAUGCAUAUCAUAUCAUAUCUCUCUUGACGAUCGACGAUCGACGUCACAGGCCAUCACGGGCCCUUUCACAGGGACCCAUGCUCCAUGUAAAUUUGUCCUUUUUCGGGAUGAGGGACAGGACGACGACGACCCGACACGUUGAGCGAAGCUGGGGGAUGUAACUUACCAAAUUGACAGAACCUUGUCCCAAGGUCUUCAGCUGUCAGUGUCGCGCUGUUGUCUCCCUUCUCGAAUGCCGUCUAGCCAAGGUUUCGCUCGUCCUGAGGCCAUGUCUUCUCUAAAUCAAGCCACAAUACUCUGUGCCCCACCCUCGGCACCGUGGUCUGGACGGGAGACGAAAACAUCG